AAUCCUGAAGAACGUAGUUUAGGAAGCAAAAUGGUGUCUGAAGAGGUGUUAAUUUCGUGUUUUUGUAAUUUAGGUUGUGAUGUUCCAGAUAAACCCGUCGUUGAUAAAUGCCUUCAACUUUGUCAUGAUUAUGACAUCAAUGAAGAAACGUUUGUUGAAUUAUGGGUAGCAUAUAGUGUUCCACGAUCUUUGAAUAUUGACCCAACUCUUGAUGAUCUUAAUAAAAUGGAAAAUGAAGAGUUAAAAAAAAGUAAAACAGAAUUUACUGAAUCGAUUGAACAUGCAGUUUCAACUAUGGCAAUUGAUAAUCAAUGUGAUGAGGAAAUGAUUAAUGUAUUAGAUCUAUACGGUGCUGGUCAAUCUUCAUCAAAGCAAACUAAGAGGGUGAGAAGUCCCACAGAAGAGACGGAGAGCAACAGUAAAAUACGAGCGGUGAGCCAAACAUUUACGCCAUCAACCUAUACAUCGAAAGCAAACGUUCCUAAUCGUGCCCCCAGUACUAAUGUUAGAGGUAAAGUUCUCUUGUACUUUGGUCCAAAUGUGGGGAGUUGGAAGAAUCGGAGCGAACAAGAUGUAUCCAUUAGUAAAGCCGAUAAUUAUCACGUACCUAAAGAUGCGGUUUACAUGUAUGAAAUGUUGUCUAAACAAGGGGCCGCUCUUAGUAGCAGCUGUGAAAGUUUUGGUGAACGGCUCUGCCAUAUUUGGAACGAAAUGGGGCCCACUAAUUCAAACAUGCGUUACGUGAGAAACGUGUCGUCUGUGAGCCAAGUUCCGUUUAGAACAUGGGGCAGAAUAUCAACCACUAUCGAUAAAUCAGCCGGUAAUAAAAUCGUUACUUUGGAAGGCUGCAGAAGAUCAAAAGGCGACAACAAUGCCCCCUUUGUCCGGUUAGAUCUCAGUGGAAUUAAACACUAUUCAGUUUUCCCCGGGCAAAUAAUUGCGGUAGAAGGUACCAAUACGGCGGGAAAUGCUUUAUUGGCGAAAGAAUUAUUUGUACAGGGUUACGCGCCGUUUGUCGAUGCUCCGAAGUUAACCGGAGAUUUGAGAGUAUACGUUGCAGUUGGACCGUUCACACCGUCCGACAAUUUGAACUACCAACCCUUGUGGGAUUUAAUGGAACGUGUCGCGGAAGAUGAACCAAAUAUUUUAAUAUUAAUUGGACCGUUUAUCGAUUACACGCAUUCCGAAAUUAAAAAGUGUACCUUAAAGGACACUUACCAAGACUUUUUUGAUAAAAUUUUAUCGAGACUUUUGCAGUGCUUGCAAGGGAAACGUACGCGGGUUGUAUUAGUACCUUCGAACCGUGACGUCCAUCAUGAUCCGGUUUAUCCGACACCAGAGUUUACCAUUUAUACGAAUAAACUUGGAUCGAAUGCUUCGUGUUUGUAUCCAAUGCCGGAUCCGUGUAUCAUAAACGUGGAUGGUUUGCAAAUAGGGAUGACUUCGGUCGAUAUCGUUAGACAUUUGGGACAGCAUGAAGUAUCGAAUACACCUGGCAUGGAUAGGUUAGCUCGUUUAGCUAAUCACGUGUUAUCACAAAGUACAUUCUAUCCCUUGUAUCCACCUUUCGCCAGUUUGAAUCUUGAUACAAUCUUAUGGAAAAAGUAUGGUUGCUUCGAACGUCAACCACACAUAAUGAUAUUACCCUCCGACAUCAAAUACUACUGCAAAGUAGUGAACGAAUGUCUCGUUUUGAAUCCGGAACGUUUGCAAAAGUAUACGUAUGCGAAACUUUGCAUACGACCAAAUAGUAAUGGGAAAUGGAGUCCACACAAUGUGUCCUGCGAGAUUGCUAAAGUUUAAGAAUUCUCGUCGAAAUAUUUUUUCAACAUUCCAGCAAAAUUCAUUUUCAACACACUGAAAUAUAAGAAAUAA